AUGGCGGAUGUGGUACAGAGUCAGAAUGGCUGGGGAGUGACGUACACUUAUACUAAGAUCUGUGCCUUCAAAGGAUCAACAGUGGAAAUAAGCUGCACCUACAGAUACCCAACCACAAACAAUUACCGUUAUACAGUUGAGAAAACAUUCUGGUUUAAAGGUGAUGAAAUUGUGGAUCUGAAAACAAAGUCAGAGUAUUCAGGUCGUGUGGAGUAUAACUGUCAUAUGAACCGCUGCACUCUGAGAAUCACAGACCUGAGAGAGAGCGACUCAGCUGAGUACAAGUUCAGGUUCAAGCUUCCCUCUGUGUCAGUGAGUCCCUCUGCUGAGAUAGUGGAGGGCAGUUCAGUGACUCUGACCUGCAGCAGUGAUGCUAACCCAGCAGCUAAAUACACCUGGUACAAGGAGAAUGGAAAUCAAAACCUUCAUCCUCUCGGUAAAGAACCACAGCUUGUCUUCAGGUCCAUCCAGUCCUCUGACUCUGGAAAGUAUUACUGUGCAGCUGUGAAUGAUCUGGGGAGGACAUCUGGAUUUGUCUCUAUUAACGUGAAAUGUGAGUAA